AUGGACCUGACUCGGCUGGCUGUGGAUGCUGGACAGUUCAUCAAUCGCGCUGUUCAGAUGAACCACAUGCAGAGCCUAAAUGAAUUUGUGGAGGCCCAAACAUGUUACUUUGAUGAGUGCAAUCAACUUUCUCAAGAACUACAGAAACAACUGGAAAGUAUCCCUGCUGUAUUAUGCUCAAACAAUUGGCAGUCUGCUAUUACCGAUGGAGUGGACAAGCCAUCAACGGACAAUCGUGUUUUGGAUGAGGUUAAUGGGUCAAACCGGGAUAAUCCAGUUCUCCUCCAGCGGAUCCCAGAUUUUGACCAGGACUCUUGGACUGAACCUCAAAAGAUGCCGCAAAAUGGGGCGGAUCUGCUAAGUCUAUCCAAUAGUAACUUCAAUAACAACAACACCAUGGCAACAGAAAUUCAAGGAAACAUCUCUGUCGCUGGAAUGGGGUGGGUCUCCGAACACAUCAACAUCUCCAAGUCCAAAUGA